GUUACAGUUUCAGAGAUCUUUGAAGGUAAAGAAAAAAGGCUGGUUUGGAUUGGUGGUGAGAAUUCCCGCCCUCGUCACUUUCGGUGCAUGUUAGAUUAGUAAAUACAGGCUGGGUCUACAAUGCGCCUCCACGGCCAAGUAAUGCCACAGCCCACAGGUGAACAAAUUUACAAAGAAAAUUUGGGGGAAAAAAAAGCAAAAAAAGAGAAAGGAAGUCCCGACGCUCGAUCUUCUUACUAUCUUCAACCUGCUCUGUUGACUGUUCUUCUUAUCUUCUUCAAAUGGCUAUCUACUACAGUUCCACUGCCACUCCCGCCGGAGCCGGUGGCAUACCCUCAUCAAUUUCUCUCCGAUCCGGGGCCGGGAAGGACCACAGCCUGUUCACUCUCAACUUCUCUUCUCUCGGCCUCAGUAGCAAUGACUACUCUUCCACCACUUGCGCUUCGUUGCGAGCUUCUGCGGAUUCGGCUCCCAAAGCCCGGUUCGUGGCGCGGCGGAAGGAAUCUAUCUCCGUUCGCCAACUUGGGCGCCCUCUAACGGAGUAUAUGAGCUUGCCGGCGAGUCAGUACUCGGUGCUUGAUGCGGAGAGGAUAGAGAGGGUCGAUGACAACACGUUCAGGUGUUAUGUCUACAGGUUCAAGUUCUUCAAUUUUGAAGUCUGCCCUGUUUUGCUGGUUAAGGUUGAGGAGCAGCCUUAUGGCUGCUGCAUCAAGCUCUUGUCCUGUAAGCUUGAGGGUUCACCCGUUGUUGUUGCACAGAAUGACAAAUUUGAUGCUUCUAUGGUGAAUCGGAUCUCAUGUGAUACCAACCAAAGCAACUCAUUGGUACAGCAACUUUCAUCUGAUGCUGUCAUAGAGGUGUCCAUCGAAGUCCCUUUCGCAUUUAGACUACUUCCCGUCGCAGCAAUUGAAUCAGCCGGGACAGGCGUCCUGCAACAGAUAUUGGGCAUCAUGCUUCCCCGCUUCAUGCAGCAGCUUGUGAAGGACUAUCAAGCUUGGGCCUCUGGUGAUACCUCGAGACAGGCACUUGGAACCGGUGAGAUAUGAGAUCUUCCAACAGUUUCUGGAGAGCGAAAUCACUCAAUAGUUUCCAGAGUCUUGUGGUUGGUGCCACACCACUGUUAUUAUUAUGCAGAGUAGAAACAGUAUAUUUACUGCAGAACUUUCAGGUUUUUUUAUCUGUCAUUUUGUCUGAGCAGAAGUAGUAGAUUUAUCUGACACUGUAAAUUAUGGCGAUGGCUGUUCAUUGUCGAUACACAUGGGUGAUAGGAACGAUGAAGUUCUUUGGGAUGGCCUCCUUGGGCAAAAUUCUCAAUUAUCAAAGCUUGGACUUUGUACUCGUGUGGUUUGCCGUUGCCGCCGUAUGAGAGCAUGAUGAACUUGCAAAGCAUACAGGAAGGCCAAUUUGCAUCAAGGGUUUGCAUCCCUUCAUUCAAUCUAUUGACAUUGGAUUUACAAAUUCGUGGGAUUCAUGAA